UUUAGUCACAGUUUACUUUCCGUUCGCGCCAGCUAUCGCAGCCUUCUCGCAGGAAAUAAUUCCCUACCAGUUCGGUGUUCGAGUGACGUUUGCCGUGAAAUCCCCGUGUGUCCUUUCUCCAGAAACGCCAACGGUCGCCAAGUGCCGAGUGAUAAGAGGCCUUCGCCUUUCAUGAAUGGUUGGGAGUGGCCCUGCGUUCAUUCAGCGGAAAACCGAACAGUCCCGGUUCCACGUCGAUCCCAGUCGCAGUCCCCGACGUGGCUCAGUUUCUCACCGACGGUUUUCUCUUCGAAUUCGAAUCAUGUUCGUACCUUGAUUUCGCGUCGGUUAAUUAAUGAAUAAUCUCGUUUUUCGCACGACGAAGAUGAAAGUCGUGCACGGCUGUGUGAGUGUGUGCGCGCGUGUUCGUCGACCGUCUGUGUUUGUUUAUCUCGUCUCGGCCGCGCUACCGAAAGUGUUCUUCGGCCCGCUCGUCGAGAUCUAGUUGGAUGUUGUUUUGGUGUCGAUUUGGAUUUGGAACCUUUACGCAUCGCCCGUUUUGUGCGCUUGGAUUUUUGGAUUUUUUACCGUGUCGGAUCGCGCUGUUUCCGCUAUGAGGAGUCGCGGGAUGAUGAUUGAAAAGUAGCGAUGGGAAGAUGCAGUCCAGCGGAGAUCCCUCGGGACGCGGACGUCGGCUGCGGGGGCGGAGUGUGCGCGGGGGCAAGUGCGGGGGGGCCGCGGCCGGGGGGCCAGGGCCCAUGCGGGUGUAGCCGGCUGGCGGGGCCCCCGGAGCCGGAGGGCGAGAUGGGGGCGGGGGGUCGGCGCUCGAGCCACGGGCGCGGCAACUGUUACUGUGCCGGUGUCGUGGGUGACGAUGGAGUGGAGUGCGACGGUGGCGGCGGGAGUGGAAGUGGCAGUGGUGAAUGGAUAUUAAGGGAGGGCCGCGAGGGUGACGCGAGUGCAAGUGCAAGUGCGAGUGGGAGCGGGGCCCGGCUCCGGAGGGUCAAGGCCCACCGGGGCGGCAGCGGGGACGACGUGUCGUGGAGCGCCUGGACCCUCACCUGGCUCUGGAUCACCGUCAUCCUCCUCUCGACGCCGCUGGUAGCCGUCAACAUCAAAGGAGUGUGUCAGAGUAUAGACAUCCGAAAUAAAAUCAAACAUUUUGACGAACUGAAAGGAUGCAAAGUAGUGGAAGGCUUCGUGCAGAUCGUGCUGAUCGACGAAGCCGACUCAUCCCAGUACGACAAUAUCAGCUUCCCAGAGCUGAGGGAAAUCACAGGCUACCUCCUUCUCUACCGAGUCAAAGGGCUCAAAACCCUCUCGAAAAUGUUCCCUAAUCUGGCCGUCAUCAGGGGCCAGCAACUCUUCUUCAAUUACGCUCUAGUCAUAUUUGAAAUGCUUGAUCUCCAGGAGGUUGGAUUGCAUUCACUAACAGACAUUCUGCGGGGUGCUGUUUACAUUGUCAAGAAUCCAAUGCUUUGUUAUCACGAUAACAUUGAUUGGAAUGUUCUUAGUCGCAAUUCUUCUGAGGGGUCGCAUUACAUAGCUAAUAAUAGAAUUAUGAAUGAAUGUCCUGGAUGUUCAGCGUCCCUAACCUGCCCUAAUAGGACAAAUACCAAAGAACCACUUUGUUGGGACAGUGACCACUGCCAAAAGAUCUGCCCUAAAUGCAACGGAGGGAGUUGUCUACCUAAUGGUUCUUGCUGUCAUGAACGCUGUCUCGGAGGAUGUGAAGUAGAAAAUGAUAUGAACCGUUGUUUUGCCUGUCGAGAUGUGCUUUAUGAAGGAACGUGUUUAGAAACUUGUCCUCCCUAUACAUAUAGAUUCAUGAAUAGAAGAUGCAUUUCCGAAAGUGAAUGUUACAAUAUGCCAAGGCCUCGAGAAUCUGCUGAAAAGAGAAACCAUCCAUGGAAACCACAUCAAAAUGAAUGCACUCUAGAGUGUCCGAUUAAUUAUAUGGAAGUGAAAGAUCCUGAUAGACCCGAGAGGUAUAAAUGCGUUGAGUGUAAAGGUAUCUGUACGAAAAACUGCCCUGGUGCCAUUGUCGAUAGUGUCGCCUCGGCUCAGAAGUUGCGAGGUUGCACCAGGAUUAAUGGCCCGCUUGAAAUUCAAAUCAGAGGAGGGAUGAAUGUCGUCAAAGAACUGGAAAUUAGUUUAAGUUCAAUAGAAGAAAUUGAUGAAUAUCUGAAGAUAGUGCGGUCAUUUCCCCUAGUUUCCCUGAAUUUUUUGAAGAAAUUGAGGAUUAUCCGAGGAGAUCGGCUAGAGAGUGGAAAGUAUGCCCUAGUAUUAUUAGAUAAUCAAAACCUGGCCGAGCUGUGGGAUUGGUCUACAAAAGAAGCUGGCCGAAAUGGAACUGGCCUUACCAUCCUCAAAGGCAGAUUGUUUUUUCAUUUCAACCCGAAACUGUGUAUCGACAGAAUUGAAACUUUGGCCAAGAAAGUGGGAAUCGACACCUUGGAUGAGUUGGAUGUUGCAAAAGCCUCCAACGGCGACAAAGUGGCUUGCAAUAUGAGCACGCUGAACACCUGGGUGAAACUAAUCUAUCCUGAAGCUGUCGUAGUUGAAUGGGGACCAGAGUUUCAUCGCCAGCAUCACGACCCACGCACGAUUUUGAGCUACGUUGUUUAUUACACUGAAGCACGUGAAGGGAAUGUCAGCUUGUAUGAUGGCAGAGACGCGUGUGGAAAUGAUGGCUGGAUGAUGGAUGAUACAACUGACGAUUAUCUGUUACUCUUGACGGGAUUGAAACCAUUCACACGAUACGCAUACUUUGUGAAGACUUACACCAUUGCAUCGGAGACCAAUGGUGCUAGAAGUGACAUCACGUAUUUUCGCACAGCUGCUGCUCAACCAUCAAGUCCAGUGAACAUAAAAUUAAAAUAUGUGGAUUCAAACUCGAUCAGCUUAGAAUGGGAAGCACCUCCUCAUCCAAAUGGAAACGUCACCAGUUACGAAGUCAUAGUGAACAAAGCAUUGUUUGCAUUAGAACAGAGAGAUUAUUGUGAAAAACCAAUAAGCACCGAUUCCAAGAGGACCCCACAACCUGACAUCGAUGUUGCUGCCCCCAAGGCAACGAACGAAAAGAACAUGUGUGGAGUAAAAGAAGAAAAGAAAGGGACACAGGUCGAUCAGAACAGAGCACUGAUGGAAAUAGAACUGGAGAAUUAUUUGCAAAAUACGAUCUACGUUAGAAGACCGUCGCGAGACAAACGUGAAGUAAAUUCAGAAGACAAGGGAAACCACUUGGAAUCAGGACCAGCAAAAUCUGUCCUCAUGAGCAAAUUCGAUUUUAAAGAUAGUGAUGGAGGAACACUGCCAGACAAAAAUGAUCUAGUGUAUCACCAAAAGGUCAACUCAACCGGCAAAUCUACAUCUUUAACGAUUGGAAAUCUGAAGCACUACACUGAUUAUAAUGUUCACAUCAGAGCUUGCAGAGAAAAAGACGAAAAUGAUCAGUUGAACAGCUCUCUUUGCAGCAUGGAUGCUGUGAUUUCUGUCAAAACAGCUGGACUGCCCUCUGCUGAUGAUCUGCGGAAUCCUGUGUAUGAAGUUAAACCAGCCAAUAAAAGUCAAACAUUUGUCUUUCUGCACUGGACUGAUCCUCCAGAGCCAAAUGGUGCUAUUGUGUCCUACCAUGUCGAAUACCGAAGAACUGAUGUUGAGGCUCUAAAAAUUACACAGUGUAUACCAAGGAAAGAUUUUCAAAACUCAACCUCACCUGUUAGGAUCGUGUUGUAUCCUGGUAAUUACAGCAUGCGUAUAAGGGCGGAUUCAUUGUUUGGUCCUGGCAAAUACUCUGAGGAAAUCAAUAUUAACAUAAAGGAGACUGGUAGUGUUUUCAUGAACAUCAUAAUCAGCUUACUGUGCGUUUUAGUAAUAGUCAUUGGUACCGGAUUAUGUUUGCGACGAAAGUAUGGCAAUGACUUCCCCAACAGUAAAUUAAUCGCCUCUGUCAAUCCAGAAUACGUCCCCACUGUUUACAUUGCUGAUGAGUGGGAAGUCCCUCGUGAAAACAUCGAAAUUCUCCGUGAGCUGGGACAAGGUUCUUUUGGUAUGGUCUACGAGGGUAUUGCCAGAGACAUUGUACCCAAUGAGCCUGUGAAACCCUGCGCUGUGAAAACUGUCAACGAAUUUGCGAAUGGUAGAGAUCGGCACGAAUUCUUGAACGAAGCAUCUGUAAUGAAAGCUUUCAACACCCACCAUGUCGUGAGAUUGCUAGGAGUUGUCACCUCUGGACAUCCGACUCUUGUAGUCAUGGAACUAAUGCGCAAUGGAGACCUGAAAACAUACCUUCGCUCUCACCGUCCGGCCGACUCAAAGGACCUGAGAUCCACUGCCAGCUCAACUCUAUUAUCGCAGAACAGCCUCAUGACGCCGGUCCCUGGCCCUGACCACGGGAAACAUCCUCCUACUCUAAAGCGAACUCUACGUAUGGCCGCCGAAAUAGCAGACGGAAUGGCUUUUCUUGCAGCUAAAAGAUUCGUCCACCGUGAUCUGGCAGCCCGUAACUGUAUGGUAGCUGAAGACUUGACGGUGAAAAUAGGAGAUUUUGGAAUGACAAGAGAAAUAUACGAGACUGACUACUACAGAAAAGGCACGAAAGGUUUGUUACCAGUCCGUUGGAUGGCGCCAGAAAGUUUGAAGGAUGGUGUCUUUACCAGCCAGUCCGACGUAUGGAGCUACGGAGUUGUCUUGUGGGAGAUGGCCACUCUUGCAUCUCAGCCCUAUCAGGGUUUAGCCAACGAUCAAGUACUUCGUUAUGUUCGCGAUGGAGGGAUCAUGGAACGGCCAGACAACUGUCCAGACAAGCUGUAUGAAAUAAUGCGGUUAUGCUGGCAGUAUAAGCCAAGUAUCCGCCCAUCCUUCAUGGAGCUUGUGAAGAUCCUCCUGCCGGACAUCGAUGAUGACUUCUCAAAACUCUCUUUCUACCACAGUGAUGACGCUAAUGAGUUACGAAAGAGUUUCAAUAUCAGUAAUCAGGAUGCCAAUGAAAGUUGCCCUUUUGAGGAUAAGAAUGAAAGCAGUACUCCUUUGCGUAUAUCGCGGAGUAUAGAAGACUUCUCCCUGACAUCGGACGAUGAAGAUACGGCGCCACCGCCGCAGUUUGAAAAGACGCAAGUACGUGUUGUUAUUGAAGAUAAAACGGAGCCAAUUCCGCAUCCAGAGCCGAUCGAUGAAGACGUUGAUGAAGGAGUUGACGAAGGUGUUUUUGAAGGUGCGUUUGACGGAAUUGGUGAUUCAACGGCGACUGCGUUGGAACAGCACAGUCUGGCAGGUAGCAGUGCAAGGAUAAUGAAUAAGGCAAGAGGCAAGAGCAAUGGUAGCACAACACCAACCUCAAAUGGAUGCAUCUUUGCCCGCCAAAAUGGCAACACGAAAAGUUCCACCAAAAACGCCACGCAGACUACCAAGUGUUGAUACGAAAUUUGUUUUUGGUUCCUUAUUAAUCUACGCUUAAUAAAUGAGUUAAUUUUAUAUGCUAAGCUGUAAUUGUUUUAAUUUUAAAUGCAAAUCGGACGAUGCUCGCAGAACGCAGGAACUGAUGAUCAACCACGGCAUCCCUGUGUUCUUGCGCUAAUAGUUUAGUGAAAUUGUCAUCAGAUUUUUUAUAAAAGUUUAUUUUUAAGUUUGAUUUUAUUUAAUUUUUCUAUCUGUACAAAUAUUUUAUAGUGUAUCAAAUUUUGUAAAUGUGUAAUUUUUCUGAGUUUUUACUCUUGUACAUUUUUAGCUCAAUUUUUCCCUGUAAUGUAUAAACGGUCGGUCUCAAACCUGAGGUCUUUGUAUUUUUUUACUGCUCCCAAAGUAUCUAAUUGAAUUUUUACUAUGAAAUUGUAUUUGAAACAUAUUUAAUGAAAUAAAUGUAGGAGUGAAUUCACGUAUCUAUCGUAACAUAAGCAACUGUAUCGAUGAAUAUUUCAAGCAGUCAAACUGCAAUCAAUACUCAAGGUGAAUUUUCUAGAAUUUUUGUUCAACUCUCACGAAUAUGCCAUCUGGAAGCAAGCUUAUAUCACUAAUUCAUUUGAUAGAGUGCAAAAUUCAAGAGUGUUAAAGUUUGGUGUACUCAAAAAGGUCAUGAAAGUAUUUUUAAGUGCGCCUGAGAUUUCAAGAUAAAGUUUAAGCUCAUUAACUUCAUAAUUAAAUGUAAACAUUAAUGUAUUUGCUGUUGAUUGAAGUUCCAUCUUCACUGAUGAAUCUAAUUUUACACUGACGCUACUAAUUCUAUGCUAAUUUAGAUUUCACAUCAUAACAAGACGAGUAGAGCUAGCGUUGAUUUAAUCGGCCAACUUUUAAGAUAAGUCAGGAGAUCGUUGUCUUGAGUCUUACAAUCAGUUUCAAUGUGCAAAUCUUCCGUUGCAUUCUAAAAUCUAGAGCAUCUUAUUGAGGCCUGAACUCAAGAUUGCCUUGUUCAUACAGUUGGAUGUCUUGAAAAUAUAAGUUUGGCAUCAUAGUUUCUAAUCAAUAGACCAAACUUUAUAAUAUUCAAACAAAGAAAAUGCUACUUCUCCUCUUUAUGCUUUGUGACCAUAAGCGGUUAACUUAUGACUGCAACAAUUUUGCACUUGUCGAUUGGUUGAUUACGACUUUGAUUGUUGAAUUUCCUUUUUGUUGUGUGGUUUAACAAUCAAAGUCAUUUAAUGCACCAUCCAAGAUCAACAAAAAAAUUUAACUGGAAGGUUGAGUGCUAAGACUAAGGCCCUCAUCAAACGUUGAAGCAGAAAUGUAAUGCAUGGAAUGAUAAUUUAUUCAAAACAUUACGUUUUAAGUGACUGUUGAUAUCUUGAUCAUGUACCUAUUUAUAACAUUUUCAAUUUAUUUUGAAGGGUGAUUUGUGUCUUUGUUCAAGAAAAGCUUAGGACUUAGCCUCGCGGUUUGUCUUUUUUGUUUUUUGAUUUGUUAAAGUGCAAUUUUUGUAUGUGCAAAUAUCAGCAGGUAGAAAGUCAAGAAAUUGUUUCCUGCCAACUCUAUAGACACCUUGAUCAGGACAAGUGAAAUAUCGAUACCCAAAUACAGUCUAUCAUGAAAGGAUCAUUAUACGUAUCCGAAGUAUGGUUUAACAUAAGAGCAUUGUUUGCUUCAGGGCAUCCGAAUUCUAUGAACAAUCACUGUAUCAAAGAAAAUCGUGCAAUUUAACGUCCAACCAUUUAAGAGCCAUGCAGCAUUAACCAUCUUGCUCUCCGGAUUAUUACCUACACUUAAAUAUAAUACUAAAAGAAAAAAUUUGUAGGCGCUAUGGGUGGUUGGACUUUAAUUACACAGAUUCAUUUAAAUUCAUUUUGGCUUUAAAUAUCUUAUUGAGUACUCUCCAAGUUCGUCCGAUUGCAUCAGAAUUAAACAAGUAGAAACUGAUCAUGGAAGGUUUUUCUAAAUUUUGAUGUUUUAGACCUAUAAUGUAUGAUUUUUCAGCUGCUGUUUGUACAAAUUAAAAAUACCAAGCAUCAACACGAUUCAAUGUGUAUUUUUUCUUUUUUUCUCUAGAAUUUUGCAAAUACUGAAUGAUCCAAUGAAAUCUGAGAUGACCCAGGCAUUUUGUGUGUGUGUGUAUGUGUACAGCUAAUGUGUUAAUGUUAACUCACAGGAUUUUAGGCUUAAUGCGAAUUGAAUUGCACCUUAUCUUGAUCAUUUGAGUCACCUGUAUUUAGGAACUAAGAACCAGGUUCUUGCUGUUGCUCUGAAUUUGAGUAUAUCAUAGAUUAGCCUUGCUCUAACUGCCCCACUUGCUUGAAUUGGCUCUUAGGGUCAACUUGUAUGAAAGACUGUACGCAGGAAGGGUAAUUAGAGCAGGUUCAUUUUUUUAAAUUUUUUUCGAGAGCAGCAGAAAGAACCUGUUGUUUGUGUUCAUCUCUUGUUUUUGCAGUCAGCCUCGCCUCUUCUUCCAAAUGUAUUCUUUGGUAUUGUAUUCCUUCUUACUCAUUAAAGGUCCAGUAUUCUUUUUUCACUAAACGGCCAAUUUAGUAAUCAAAAAAUAAAGAAAAUGAUUGCGUGAUUGAAUCUUGUAGGAGAUUUUCUGCAAAGUCAAAGUUCCAUUAUCAGCUAUACGUUGACAGAAAAAAGAAUUUAUUGAUGGCUGAAUGUGAAAGAGUCAAAAAUCUCCGCUUAUGUUUUAUUUUCUUCAAGGUAUACUGAUCAAAAUGUUUCCUUGAAAAUUUGUGGUUCUUCUAAGAAUACAAGAAGAAAAUUUACAAGAAAGUUCAAAAGAAACUGUUGCCUAGUUUUCCUUUAAAAAACUAAAACAUGAUUGGAGACUUACAAUGUCGCAAUCUGAAACACGCAAUUUUUGACAUUAGUCAUUGCUGUAUGGAUGAUUGUUGAAGGAAUCGCGUUUGGAGUUUGAUCACAUCAUCAAAAGUUGUAUAUCGUUACUUGUAUUAGUACAUUUGUUUGUAACUUGCUGCUUGAAUGUGGGUAGCCCUGUACAUUUUGUAUUGUUUAUUUAUUUAUUUUGUACAGGAGAUUCCUCAUAUUUUCCAAAUAUUUUCAUAAGUUUUUGUUAUUAUUGCGUAACUUAACCUAUUAGGAAUGAAUCUAAUCAUCUUCCUCUUCAAAAUUCCUUUUUGUGUUAAUUUCUUCAUCCCCAUACUUUUUUUUUAAUAUUUGUUUCUUAGACCUAAUCGAAAAUCAUUGUAUUGAAUAGAUUUUUUCAAUGAUGAAUUAACUAAUUGCCAGAACCAGAGUUGAGCACCCCGAACUUCAACAUAGCCAGUUUGGUCUCUCGACCGAAAAUGUAUACCUAAUCUAGUCGUUUUGAAUCCUGAUUCUUUCAGUUUUCGAAUUGGAACAUUUUAAAACCAUCUCUUAUAAAUUUUUCAUUUUAUUUUCCAUUUUUUUUUCUCUACAAGUUCAAGUGAAUCCAAGUCUGUCUCCUGGUACAAAAAAUUGAACUGAUAUCAAAAUUGCAAAUUGCUUGAAAGGCUAGCUUUGAUCAUCAGAGCAGGAAAGUAUAUGAAAUAUAGCCUCAUUUGAGUUUUUUUUUUUUUUUUUUUUUUUUUUUUUUUUUUUUAAUACUGAAUGAUGAAGACACAUUCUACUAUUUUUGGACUGAGAUUAGUAAAAUUCAAUUAAUUAAUGGAAAUUUCACAUCUUGUUAGUCCGAAAUUUCACUAUGGUGCCUUAUCCUAUAACUAUCUUUUUAACCAUAAUCAAAGAUUAACCAACCUCAAUCAAAUAAUUGAUAUUAAGCCAAGAAUGAAAAAUUGAGCUUCUCCCUUACCUUAGCUUUGAACUAAAAAAUUCCAGCUUAGUUUCGGCAUUUGUCAAAAAGUCAGAGCAAAUGUCCAAGUAAUUGCUGCUACAUGUUGCAUCUUAUGAUUCCGAACUAAUGAAACAAAUUGAGCCAAUCAAAUUUCUUGAAUGGCACAUCAAGUUUAGUCAUUAUUACCCAAUUUUCAUCCAAAAAUCAUAUUAUAGAUUUGUUCUUCUUACUCGGAUCCAGGCAUUCUUUUGAUAUUUACCAAACCUGUUACAAUUCAUUAUGCUUUUUGAGUUUUACUUAUUUAUUUAUUUUUUAUUUUUUCAUCAUCCCCUCAAGUAGAUUUUUAUCUGAAGAGUAUAUUUUCCGAAUGCAUCAAAAUUCCGGUAUAAAAAAUGACAACUAAAGCACAGCUGAUUACAGCUCUGCCAUUUGAUUGAUCCAUGAAAUAAUGUAGAACUCGUGUCAGAUAAGUUGGCAGUUGUUCACUUUCUGUUUGCAAGCGACUGCGCUGACAUUGUGCGAUACCGAAAACCAAUACCUCUCUCUGGGGAGGUAUUAGGAUGAAUGUGUCCACUACGUGUGACAGUCGAGAAUAAACAACUGCCAACUUACCUGACGCAAAAUCUACCUCUGCAUCCUCUUCCAGGAUUUGAUUUUUUGGAAACAAUCCAAAAGAGUACAACUACGAGUCAUAGACAGGAAAGAUUUCAGUGUCCACGAAUAGAAUGCUCGGAUUCACUUCAAGCGUAUUUUGUUUUGAAUUGAAAAAUAUUCGGUGUGAUCUUUACCAGACCAAAAUUUUUUGCUCUGUUCAAAUUAUUGGUUUGAGUCAAAAUCAAUAGUUUUUCUUUUUAUCAUACGCUUGUUAAUGGGCCUAAUCUGAACCUGUAACAAGCUCAUCGUUCAUCUCUGUUUCAUUCAAAUACGUUCAUUUGAUAAUCCAGUCAAUGGCUCUAGCAAUUAUAUCUUCAUAUUUCAUUUGAAAAAAUUUAUCUCGAGUCAUAACUGCACCGAAUGAUUCUUGAUUAUUUUACUUUGGCAAAUCCUUUCUUUGGUCUUUGAAGGUAUUUUUCACUGCAUCGUAAAGGAAAGGUAUUCAUCGCUAGAUGAAAUACUCUCUUUCUUUAACAGGCUGAAAACGACUAAGAUUUACACCUCAGAUAGUCCUUUAAUUUAAAAUGACUAAUGAAAAAAAGUACUCAUAGUUUUCUCGAACUAUUAGAUUAACUAUUAAUCGAACUGUUAUUCCGCUUUUCCAAUUAGGGCGCAUCAAUUUCACUUUAUUUCAAUCGAAGGCAAUGAUACAUUUAUUGGUCCCUAAAAUCAAAGUCUCAUGAAAGGUUUUCUAACCUAUAUUCAUCAUAGAUUUGACCCCUUCUUGUAAUAACGGUAUAGAGAGUAGUAAAAGCGUCCAUUCACCCCAUCCAUCCUAACCAUUCUUUUCCCCCCAGAUAUUAAUUGGUGUUUCCCCAAUGUCAGGGAGAUCAAGCUAGAGAAUUUUUACCAACGGAUUAUAGUCCCAGAACUCACUAAAGCGGUAUAAUUUUAUUAAAUAUGUAAACACCAAGUAAGAGAGACCGUCAGUUCACCCUACCCAUUCCGCCUCUCUUCUUUUUCUCAGGAAUCAAUAUCAAUUCCAGGUAUCAAUUCUAGGCAAUUUACAUUGAUAUUGGUCUACCUAUCAACCUAUCAAUGAGGGAAGUCCCCCCUCUUUAAUGCCAGCUGUGUUCAGAUUGUGUUGGUAACCCUUUGAUAAAAAUAUCCGUGAUUGAUCUCCCGAUAUUGAUCUGGGGGAAAUUCUUAUCCAUCUCUAGAAUAAAGAAUAGUUGGGAUCAGUUUGGUGAACACACGCGUAAACUACUUUCGUGUGAUCUGGCUUUGUUUGAAAAGUUUUUCCUGUUAUUAAAAAAAAGAAGAAAAAACCGACAGUUUUUUGCAAUUUUACUUUGAAAUGCAGCUUCUCUCCAUGAACCCACCUCCUCUCAUAAAAAUUGUUGUUUUUUUAAGUUUAUUCAAAAUAUCCAAAGAUUUUUCCCGGCGAGUCAACUCUGGCUUUUGGCCACUUAAAUUAGGGCAUUCACAUGUUCAGCCAAACUAAGGCAACUAAUCGCAGUGUAAAUUAUACAUAUUUUAAGUACGAUAAAAAUAGGACAGUUCAGCAAUUCAAAAAAUUGAGGUUUUAAAAAUAUUCAAAAGUAGAUUCUUAAAUUAAUAGAUCAUGCUGACUUUGAAUCAACCUUCCAAAUUCAUAACCGAUCAUCAAUCACCCACUCGAGUUAAGUUUACAUCUAAGAGUGUUAUCAAUCUGAUCAUUUUACUUAAUUGCGUUUCCCGCAUUCUGUCUGAACGAUUGAAGAAAACUGUGAGUUGAUUAAGUUAUUAUCAUCCAGCAUGAUGUAUGCUUGAGUUUGACCUCCAUCAAAAAUGAUUUUGGUUCUCACAUUAUGUAUUCAUUUUUCAUGAUUAGACAUUUGACAUUGAAAGUCAAUGUUUGUAUUUACUGCCUUUAAGUGGCUCAACAUGUGAGCGCAUCCCUAGUUUCAAUGACCAAUGUACCUGAAUAUGCUAUCUUGAUGAGCUUUCUAUUUCUCCUUUACGGAAAUGCUACGUUUCUAAUGUGUUUAUCUAAUUAUUUAUUAUUAAAAUUAUCAUUACUUUUACCCUGUACAUCCUUA